UCCCUCUGUACCAAUGCCACGCGUGAAAAGCAUGAUUCACCACCAUUCUCAAAACGGUGCAAAACUAACACGGGAUUGAAGCGCGUCCGGACUAUUUUUAUUCGUUCGUCCUCCAUCUUCAUUUCCAUUUCCACGUUUCUUCCAGACAGUAAAGAGAUGGGCUCGAGCAGUAGCCGGAUGUCGUCUCGUCCAUCGCGUCGGACCCGAGUCAACCGCGGCAGAAGCCGUUUCGCCUCCUUCUUCUGCGCUACCUCUCUUCCUCACAACGAUGCUGAGAUGGAAGAUCAUCUUGCUGAAGUAUUGGUUAGUUCUGGUGGAGAUCAUGGUUCUACUGUUGAUGACUACUUCCGGAGAUCGGUGAAAGAAGCAUCUUCGAUCUCCUCUUCAGAAAAUGAGUGUUCCAGUUCCACGAGUGGAAAUGGAGCUUCAGGUGAAAGCAGCAAUGGUACACAACAGGCAAUCCCCUUAGAAUACGGUUUGGGAAAUCUGGAUACAAUUGAUGCUGGGAAAGGCUUGUCUGAAAGUAAGGAAUUGGUUCCUUGUCAGGAAGAUGCUUGUUAUCGUAGAGAUGCGGCUUAUUUUGAGGGAACUAGUCACAUAGCUAGUACUACCAAAGAACUGCAACCUCCUGAAUCAGCUGCUGUAAAUCCAGAUGUUAGAUUAGCUUCUGUCAGUGAGGUUGAUGUUGCUACAAGUGAGCGCGGUUCGACGAUUACAGAGGGGUUCUGCUCAAGCAGUAUACCACAACAGGAAGUAGGACAACCGCAUGAAGAUGGUCCAUCAUCAGCUGAAAAUCAUUCAGAUGACAUGUUGGGUGUCAAUAACUCUAGUUCAAAUUCAGUUUCUGCUGUUUCAGAUUCGUCGGCUUCUUGGCACUCAUUUGGAGAUGAGUCCGUUCGAGAUGCAGCAGCUCCUGGUUUAGGAUUCCUCCUGCCUACUAUUUCAAGAGAUCAGAGAAACGGAAGUGUACUUCAUGUUGAUGUGGUGAGUAUCUCUUCCAAUAUCUUACCUAGUAGCACUGGGGAUAUAAGUAGUCGCGACGCAAGACGGAAUAGUAGAAGGCUAUUUUGGGAUGCUUUUUCAAGACGCAGUUCUAGAAGACUUACUGACUCCCCUACUAUAGUUUUCUCAACUGAGGAUACUGACGAUCUGGGAUCUCACGACAGAUGGCUCCUUGAUUUCAGUGGUGAACUUUUUGACAAUGGGGUCGGAGAUGAUUCAGGAUUCUUGAACAGUAGAAGACAUGGCACAUAUGAACGACGACGGCAGUCUAGAUCCGAGAUCUGGGACAGACUUCGUCGUGACCUUGACGAGAAUAGUGGGCGUACUGCUUAUUGUGCAUCUGGGCUCCAUCCAGAUGGUACGUGCUCGUGCGAGGCAUUCUUAGUGGCUGAAGAGUCGGGUACUCGUGCAAGUAUUUCACGAAUUGUCUUGUUAGCUGAGGCCUUAUUUGAGGUCUUGGAUGAAAUUCAUCGCCAACCCGUAUCACUUUCACUUUCAAUGCUGUCAGUGCCAGCGCCAGAGUCUGUUGUCGAUUCAUUUCCUCUCAAGAGUCACAAAAAGCCCGCUGUACCUGAAAACGGAGAUUUGGAACAGUGUUACAUCUGCCUGGCUGAGUAUGACGAAGGAGAUAAAAUCAGAGUGCUGCCCUGCCGCCAUGAGUACCAUAUGUUAUGUGUGGAUAAAUGGCUGAAAGAGAUACACGGGGUAUGCCCGCUCUGUCGCGGGGAUGUUUGUGCGGGAGCUGCUGAGAGCUCUGUCUCAAAUGCAUGAAAUUCCCAUUUGUAGAAACUGUAUAUAUAUGUAAGUAGCGGCAUAGCCUUGCUAUUCUGAUCUUAUCAUGUUAAAUUUCCUCUUCCUUCGUUUUUGAAUUAUAUUUCUAUCAGUAUUAUGUUUUAUCCUCCAAUUCCCAAAUCUUGUAAUUCCACUGUCGGCGCACCUUAAAUAUCCACACAUCAUGACCUACAUAGAAUGAUCUAAAUUCCCUUCUUUUGAGUAA